AUGUCUACAACACCAGAAUGUCAGUUAUCCCAAAACACAAAAUGUAUACUGGAAAACAUACGAUCCCUCACCACGGAAACGCGCCAUAGUGAGAUAUGGGGCACUGACCUAAACGAUGGCGAACCAAGAAUCGUGGAGAGUAUUAUCCAAAAGUUUUUACAGCACAAUUCUAUCAUACCUUCACUGCAACUUCCAAGGGCCCGCCACUCACUCUCCAAGACGCUAGAAUGGCGGCGCAGAUGCGAUCCACGGGCAGGUAUGGGCGAGGCUAAAUGGCUUUUACCUGAGCUAGGCCUACUCUAUGUUACCAAAAGUCGUGGGAGCUAUGUUCUGUGGGUCAUUGUCGAUGAGACGGUCUUGAAGGGAUUCUCGCCGUUGCACGAAAGCCUUUCAACGUCUGCCAGAAUUAGCAAUCUGGGGGUCGCCGUACUAGAGCAUCUCGCCACUCUGCUCCUGUCCCAGCCAGCUGACGUGGACCAGAAGAUUAAUCAGGCAGCGAAUUGUGUGCUUGAAUUCCGACUGCAACAGAAACCGGGAGGGCGUAAAGGAUACGUAUCGUUUCGAGGGAAGAUUCGGCAGGCGCUUCGUGAAUUAAUUGCGUUGAUCCACGCGCACUACCCCUGUCUUCUUGAGAAAACGUACAUUAUAUAUCCAUCGCAUGAAUACCUCGCUAUGUUGGAUGUUCCCGAAUACCUCCAACGGAACACCAUUCUUUUACAAAAGCCAGAGGAGCUCGCACUUCACCUUGGCUCGGAUAUCCCACUGAAAUACGGAGGAAAUGGCACGUCGCUAUCCGAAUUGAAUUGCAUUGACCCACUCCGACUUGAUAUCGAGGGACAGAAGAACAGGCAACAUGCCCCGGAGGCCGAAGGUAAAAGUGACCGUACACCAGGAGAAAAGGAAACGGCGCGUGGGCCAGCUUCAAAUGCUCUGAAAGCCACCGACAGUCAGCAGUCUACGACAUCCCCCGAGGAACCCGAGCUGCGUCUCAUUUACUCGGAGGAUAUUGGUCCGCCUACGAUUAUUUUGGAUCCCGAAGAUCUGAAAGAUGCUGAGGACCUCAUACCGGACAAGAUGGGCGCUCGCCUCGCCUGGGCCGAUACUGACAUGCUUGUAAAAUUCGGCCAUGGGGUUCGUUUAGCCGAAGCUGAGGCUCUAAAUCUGGUAUCUAAACGUACCACCAUCGCGGUGCCCAAGCUGCUGAGUGCAUAUAUUCUUGACGGGACUGGAUACAUCAUCAUGUCAUAUGAACAUGGAACGCCUUCUGAACAGUACUGGGACAAUGCUUCGGAGACAGAACACCAGACAAUCCUUGACCAAUUAACCGACUAUGUGCAGCAAAUGCGAGCGAUCGAAGGCAACUUCAUUGGUGGGCUAGAUCGCUCACCUUGCCGAGAUGGAGUCUUCGAAGGAGGCUAUGGCGACCAUACAUUGUAUAGCUACGGGCCUUAUGAAUCAGAGGAGAGCUUCAACGAAGGCAUGGUCCAAGCUUUGCGAGACCGACUUCCAGGAAAGCUACUUGAAAUCGAAAACGACCCGGAAUCCAAUUUUUGGGCCAGUGAGUAUAUCUUGCACCAGACGGUACGAGGGCUGAAAGGACACAAAAUAGUGUUCACACACGGUGACCUUCAUGAGGGUAACAUGCUGGUCCGAUCUGAUGGUACUGUUGUGUUACUGGACUGGGGAUUAUCUGGAUUUUGGCCCGAAUACUGGGAGUUCUAUCGUGCCAUGUUUAAUCCGCCUUGGAGGACGUCCUGGGAUCGUAUGGUUGAAAAAUUUAUCCCUCCAUACUACGUCGAAUAUGACGUAAUGAAGAAGAUCUUCGGAACUAUCUGGUAUUGA